AUGGAAGGAAUCAACACACCCGCUCUCCCGGAAACACCAGCCCAAACACAGCAACAAGCUCAAAUAAACACAGAGGCUCCCAUCAGAGGCCGAAGACCCAUCCGCUCCACAGUCACAAGGACCCAUCGCAGCACGCAAUCCCCAUCUCCAAACUGCAACUUACCGUCUCCAGCUUCCUCCUAUGCUUCAGCAAGAUCCUUAUUCAACACUUCCAAUAAAAUGACUGUUUCAGAACACCGCCAGUCACUCACAAACGCCAGAAUUUCCAUCCCCAGCCGCUGCAAUAAAUCCGAACUUCUGAAACUGUAUGAAGCCAUCCUGUCACCAACUCCGCCUCCUCAAGACAGUAGACCAACUCGCUCCUGCCACACCCCUUAUCCUCAACCUUCCUUAACACAGCACACAAGAAACCCCCCCGGACCACCCAAGAAAGCAACCAAGAAAACUAAUAAAAAGCAACCUCAAGCUACAGGACAGACCGCACCCUCUACCAACCAAUAUACAGUGAAUCCACCAGACAAUUAUGCCACUCCAGGACUUCCCACCCCCUCCCUUGGCCUCCAGCCCCACACUCCAGCGAAAACUCCAGAACACCCCCAGAGCACCUAUAUCGCCCGUCACCCUCCAGUAGGAGUCUUCACCUCCCCCUCAUCUCUCCCGACUCCUACCGGAGCCAGCCAAAAAGCUCACCCAACCCCGAGCUGUGACACGAGUCACGUCACCAAACCUCCCCGGCCCUAG